AUGUCUGAAUCAAGAGCAAUUUCAUCACACACAGAAAUGGAUGCAGAGAAAUUCAAAGAGCCUUUUUCUACAUACCAUAUGCUUGGAGGUGAUGAUACUCAUAGUUAUGCUCAAAAUUCGGAAUACCAGAAACAGUUAGUUGUAUCGGCAGAGGAAUUGAUAUGUAAACUCAUAGACAAGCAUCUUGACAUCGAAAAACCUUCCUUUGAUCCGAAUAAGACAUUCCGAAUUGCAGAUUUCGGGUGUUCAAUUGGUCCCAACACGUUUUUCGCCAUAGAAAACAUCAUUAAAGGUGUCGAAAACAAAUAUAAAUCCAACAUAAAAAAUCCUCGGAUCCCAGAAUACCACGUGUUCUUCAACGACCAUAUUGACAAUGAUUUCAAUACUCUCUUCCGAAACAUUCCGACCUCAAGGAAGUAUUUCCUGGCAGGAGUACCCGGUUCAUUCCAUGGUCGCCUUUUUCCUAAUACGACGCUACAUUUUGCACACUGCUCCACAGCACUCCACUGGCUGUCAAGAAUUCCAAAAGAGGUUACUGAAGUGAAUUCGACUGCAUUUAAUAAAGGAAGAAUUCACUACGGUGGAGCUGCGAAAGAAGUUAAAGACGCAUAUUCGACUCAAUAUAGGAAGGAUAUGGACAGUUUUUUGACUGCUAGAGCACAAGAGCUUGUACGAGGAGGGCUAAUGGUACUUGUAAUACUUGGUUUUCCUGAUGGAGUGCCUCCUUCAGAGUCUAGUAUAGGAAUUGGAUUCAACAUUCUCGGAUCCUGCCUCGAAGACAUGGCCCGAAUGGGAAAAAUUACAGAAGAACAGGUGGAUUCAUUUAACUUGCCAUUUUACUAUCCAUCUCCAUCAGAGUUGAAGGCAUUGAUAGAGGAAAAUGGCUCUUUUACUCUUGAAAGAAUUGAAAGCUUGAUAUCACCUAUGAAAAUUGAAAAACCAAACCUUAAUAUUAUCAUUAAGGUUUGUGUUUCUCACUUAAGAGCUGUUAUUGGAGGAGUUAUUGAGGAACAUUUUGGGAAUGAAAUAGUGGAGGAAUUGUUCCAACUUCAUAUGAAGAAACUUGACGAGAAUCCCAUGAUGUUUGAUGAGAAAUAUAGGAAAGAGGCUAAUUAUUUUUUGUUCCUAAAGCAAAAAAGUCACUUAUAA